UGGGGGCAGACAGAGGGACGGGCUCAUUGCUAAGCUCCUGGGCCAGGCCUCCAGCACCAGGGGCGAGAACAGAAGGGGGAGGUGGGAAACAAGAGGACCGUCCAGCUGCGGCCGGGCUCCAGGGGUGCGACACAGACAAGCAGUGAAGGUGUCUUUGGGAAUCUACACCAAGAGCCCCUGAAACGCAUGAGACAGGAUGGAUGGACAGACAGAGAAGCAAAGGGUCUCACAGGAGAGGGUGCUCAGGUGGUGGCCCAUCAGGAAAACGCAGGGCCAGUGACCAGGAGGUGGCGCCUCCUAGGCCCCUGGUCACAGGUGUUUUUGGGUCAGACAGCAGCAAAUCAUUGGAAUCCCUGUGUAUUGCCGUGGUGCACGUCGGUGCAUGAAUUUGUGAAACAAAAUCAAACAUCCCAGACCCUACGGCCCGGCCUGGCCCAGCCGCCCCUGGAGGCGUGGACGGGGUGCUCACAGCAGCAUAUUUCACAUCAAAACUGUGGAGGGAACCCAGAUUCCCAUCGGCGGGCGGGCGGGUGGACGAGACUCUGUGACGCGGUGGAAGAUCACACCACAGGCGCACGAGUGGGCAGCUGCGGGGUGUCAGGGACCAACGACACGGUACUGAAUUGGGUAAUGGUGAGUCUGAUGGGAGCCCCACAGAAGUAACUGCUGUGGGCACACCCAGGACGGACGGACAGAUGGAUGCCAAGGUCAGUGGGCAGAACCUGAAGGAGGAAGCGAAUAUGUGCACAGCCUCCCAGUCUCUCCCUGAGUAUCUGUUUAUCCUUGUGGCAGCAUCAACAAAUGUCACACAUUCGCUCAUUAUCCCUCAGGGAGUGUGGGCUGGACUUAGUGACUAAUGGAGAAAGCGCGGGAGGGAAAGGCAGUCACUUUGCAGAGGAGGACCCGGCAGAUGCCCCUCGACCCUGGUGAUGAAGGUCAAGUCACGGUGACAUCAUUGGGAUGUCAGGGACCCCCUGACAGGAUGUGAGGUCAUAGUAUGUGGUCCCCUCCCUGAACCUCUGGUCCUGUCUCAGCAUGAGGAGACCUCAGAGGGACUUUCCCCAGAGCCCGAGCAGACUUGAGAGUCAGGAGGACAAGGACAAAGAGGGACACAGGGACUGUCAUGGACGCGGUGGGGUGCCAAGAAGACAUGACGAUACGUGCCAUGUGGGAUCCUGCAAGGACCAGCCACAGGAAAGGACACACACGGAAAGCUGGUCAAGGGGGCGGCAUUGGGUGCCUCAGGUCUCCCACUAAGCCGUCUCCGCCCCGCCAGCAUCACCUUCUCUGCUCCCGGGCGCUCUGCCCUCCCACGACACCGACACCCACAGAUCCCUCAGCUCAGGUGUGGCCGGCAAGACCUGAAACUUCUCCCCCGUCUCCAGCCAGAGGAGAAACUGGCCGUUCACAGACAGGUUUGCAGGGAGGGGCAGGGGUCCCGGGCUGAGGCGCCUCUGUCUCAGGGAAGAGAGUAAGUAUUGGCUGGAGGGGACCGGGGACGUUUGUGUCACCAGCAUUCAGCUCUGUGACUUGCCCACCAUAGGGCUCAGUAAGUGUCGUGCUGAAGAAAUUUGUCAGUGAAAUGGAUCCUUAUGUUUUCAGGAGCUCCAGUGCUGGCUUCAGACCCUGGAGGGCCCUCCCUAUGCCCCCUGUGCCCGGGACCGAGCUCCUCUGGCAGAGGCUGGAAGGAGAGACCCCUAAUAUUAGCAGGGCGGAGACUGAAGACCAUGCAGGACAAUCAGGGGUGGGAGAGGGGACCCCAGGGCGGGAAGGGGCAGCUCAGGGAAGCCAGACUGGGUAGGACUUUGGGAUGCUGGCAGGAGGAAGGAGCCUGGGAAGAAGGGGUGGCCAUGAGGGACCAUCAAAGGUUGAGGUGGGAGGUCAGCCCUUAGUGGCCCCAGAAAUGAGGCUGCUGGACCUGGUGCAGCUCCCAAUUCACAGACAACCCCUUGCCCCACCAGAGACAGCUUUGGGACGGUUACCCAGAGCCUCUUGGAAAAGGCUGACUCAAUCUCCCCUGGGGACUCGUAUGCUAUCUGGAUCAGUGGAGAGUGAUGCCGCCUAAGGUGUCCGCCAGGCACUGGCCCCCACCAUUGAUUCGGACCACUGGACAGGGAGAACCCCCAAGAGCAAAGCUACACGCACACCUGAGGGCUGCCUCAUCACCGCCUGGUCCCUCCUCGGCGAUGGGCCAGCAGCCACAGGAGCAGCCAGGUUGGUCCACAGCCAGACAGAGAGCAGGCUCUGAGAAUCUGCUUCCUGUCCACUCGGGUCAGCAUCCCCAUCCAAGCCCACCUCCAGCCAAGCAGACUGCUACAUGCGCCCGAAGCGGGCUGUCCAGGACCCCCAUGCCCCGGCCACCAGCCCCACCUCCAGGAAGACAUGUGCCCAUGAGGCUCCCAGAUCCCUGAGCCAGGGCAGGGGCUCCCCUGUACACUCCACCUCAGGGGUCCCAGCCCUGCCAUGGGCGGACCCCCGGCACGUCCCUGCACACAGAUCAGGGAUUCAGGCUCUGGGGUCACUGUUAUCUCCCUUCAGUCCAUCUAGCCCCACCCCCUACAGCCCACACACGCAGUGGGCCAGGGUCCCAGGCCUGGCACAGGCCAGAGUCCGGUGGGCUCACCACUGGCUCCGGAUGGGGAAACUUCUGGAGAUGCUGCAGCUCCUGGGAGACCCUCCCUCCUCACGGGGACAGGAAGAUUCAGAGCUGGGGACUCCUGCCCCUGCCUGGCCCUUCCCAGGCUGGCCUCCAGGUCACCAGUGGGAUGGAAGAGACAGCUGUGUAGAUGUGACCACUACCCAGGUCCUGACCAGGCCUGGCCCAGCGGGCAACAUGCAGCACACAUGUGAGGUCACCCAGCUGCACACAGAACACGCAUGGGCCUCCCCUCGCCCUCCGUGGCCCACCUUGUGUGAGGGGCAUGUCACACCCCUGCCCUCCUGGCUUGGCCCCAUGGGCACGCUGCAGGUUCAUGGUCCAGCAGGGGGACCUGCCUGCCCCCACCAAUGUCCACACACAGAGAAGCCCAUCCGUGCUCGCCCAGCCCGGACGCCCUGUGACCACCCUCCCUGAGCAAAUGCCCCCCGGCCCUGCCUCCUCAGCUUCGCAAGCCGGUCGUCUGCGCCCCCCUUCAGCUAUCCAUCUGUCCGUCAUCUGUCAGUUCAUCCUUUCGUGUGUCCCUCCACCCCAGACACUCCCUGACGAGGCAGCCCGCCCCGCGUUCAGCCCUCUUGGGCAGUGCACGGUGUGAGCAGACACGGGCCUGGAGGGGCAGGUGCCUACUUUGCAGGGGAGGUAGCCUGGAGCUUAGCCUUGUAGGGCAAGAGGUUGGCAGGAGGUGAAAAAGUGGGGGCAGCCUUCCUGGGAGAGGGAAAUGUGUGGACAGACCAUGACGGGCAGCAAGGAACUUGGUACUCAGCACCACCCAGAGACUUGGUCCUCAGCACCUGAAAGGACUUGGUAGUUACUACACCCAGGGACUCUGUCCUCGGCACUUCAGCUUUGCAGAAGCACAAAGAACAAGAAGGGAGCUGCCGGAAGGUGAGGCUAGGGGUUGGCAGAAGCCGGGUUAUGGAGGGCGAUCCAUGGAGCUGCUCAGGCAGCUGUGGAGCUUGGGCUUCAGCUGGGGGCAAUGAGGGGCUGCGGAAGGGAUCUGAGCCGGAAGGGGUAUGCUCAGAUCCAGCCGGGGGCUGGGGCCACCAGGUCCUCCCCACUGUCUGCAUCUGCACCUGCCCAAAGGGCUGAUCUCUCGCCUCAGCCAAACCAAGUGCGACUUCUCCCCUACCCCGGUCCCCCCAAGUUUCUCCUCCACCCUGGGAGGGCUGGCAUGGGAGGAAGGGGCUGGCAGGGGUGCCUGGGUCAGCCUGAGUGGCCAGGGUGCCAGAGCUGGCUCUGGAAAGGCUCAGGACACCCUGGGCAGAGGCAGAGUGGGAGGCUGGCUUCUCCCCCCACAUUGCGUGGAUCUCCUCCCCAGGCUGCCCAGGCGCUGGCCCCCACCUCCUCGACCUCUUCCCUGCAAGAGGGGAGGAAGGAUGUCUUCCCAGGAUGUUCUCUUGUCCACCUCCAAGGGGGGCCCCACAGCCUCCUGCUCUGUCCCUCAGAAUCAGAAUCCAGCAGCCCCCACCUCCACCUGAGGCAGGACCCCCAGGGAGUAGAGGGCCCAGCUGGUCCCCUGGGCCUCCCCAACCCCAGGUCAGCCCACCUUAGAGGCCACAGUCCCUUGCCUCUCAGAUGCCAGCUGCAGGGCAAAGCUGCAAGGUCUGGGGGUCCUUGCCCUGGCUGGGGGUGGGGAGGCGGCAGGGGGACGAUGACAAAGAGGAACAUGCCCUCCCCAUCUAGGCCCCAUACACUCACCAAGAGCCCGGCCUGGGGGUCCCCAGAAUCCCUGGCUGGCCUGGCGGAAAGCUGCCCUCCUGUUUCCUGCCCCAAACCCCAGGAGCCCAGGGCUCCGCCGGGCUCUGGCCGCCACACCACAGCCCGGCCUGGGGCUGCAGGGAACUCAGCAGGCACUCUCCAGGUGAGGCUGGUGGGGCUGGCGGGCUGGCCCAGGCCGGGUGGGCGUGGCUGGGAACACCUGCGGCAGCUGGCGCAGGUGUGGACCCCGCGCAGCCGGGACUCACCUGCAUGCUGAUGGCCACACUAUGUCCCGGGCCAGCAGGGCGGGCGGUCGGGGUGCGGGUACCGAGUGUGGCUGCGAGGCGCCUGGCGCGUCUACCUGACUUCCGCGUGGGACUCGCCCUUCUCUCCCCCCGCCUCUCUCUCCUCCCUGCUCUCUCCUCCCUACUCCUCCGUUGGUCCCGAGCCGGCAGGCAUGGGGAGGAGCAAGCGGGCCUCAGACACCUUCCUGGAGGCCCGGUGGGGGACCCCUCCCCCUACCUGAGCCUUCAAGUUCACCUGCAGAGGGCUUCCAGGAAAUGAAGUCUGGAAGUGGUCAGUCUGGGACUAGCACUAACUUGUUGCUCUGCCACCUUAAGCCCAUGGUUCCACCACAUGGUUCAAAAUGGCUGCUCAAGCUCUGGGCAUCACAUCCACAUUAGAGCCAGCAGGAAGAAGAAAGAGUGAAGGAGGGGCCCACCACGCUUCACGUGGUCAGUCACAUGGCCUACUGCAAGGAAGCCUGGGAAGUGUGAUUGUCUUUCCUAAGGAAGAAGGUGAAGGACACUGGGCGAACCCGACGUCUCUGCACAGGCCAGAGGGCUUCAAAUGCUGGCUAAGAGUUCAGGAAACAGUCAGCAAGGGUUUCUGAGCACCAGUAAUCGGAACUCAAGGUCCACAUUGCCAGCCAGCUCCUGGACUCUGCCACUCCCAGUGUCCUGCUCAAGACCUUCUCCGUGGAUGUUUACAUUACCAUAAACCAAUCCUCCAGCGCAUUAUGGAUGUCACCCCUGAGUCAGACAUCAUUUCAAGUGUCUACACAGCUGCUCUCUUUAUUUGGCGUUCCCAAUUUUAUUGCUUCAGAAACACUGCUUCUUCUCAUUCCUACCUUUCCGAGGGUGUGAGAGAACCUGAGUGACAUUGAGAUCCUUGCUGCUCGAGAGAGCCGGCCCCUGUGGGCCCUUGGGGCAAAGGCAGCAUCCCCAGCCUGGGGGAGGAGCACUGGCCAGGCCCCCAGGGGACGCUUAAGGGAUGGAAGGUCAGGGCAGAUCUCAUCUCAUCUGGGCUGGAGAGAAAACAGGUGCAGCCCACUCAGAAAGCAAAUCUACAACAGAAUCGAAAGACUUACAAUUGUUUAUACUUUGGUCUAUUAAUUUAACUUUUUGUAAACUAUCCAAAACAAAAUCCGGGAUGAAAACAUGUAUAAAUAUGUCCUUCGAGUCAAAAAUUGUAAACGACCUAGAUGUUCAAAGACAGGGAAGUCUCUGAGCAAACGUGGUCAAUUCGUGUUCUGAUGAAGCAGCCAUUGAAAACGAUGCUUUCAAAGAGUCUCUGAGAACAUAGGAAGAUGCUGAUACUGUCAAGUGAAAAAACAUCGACUGCAAACGUAUAUUCAUUUUUCAUCUCAACUCAGUCAAAAUGCCUUAAAAGACUGGAAGAGCAGAUUUAACAUUUGGUAUUUGUAUUUGCUGGAUGAUAUGAACUACGGACGGUGGAAUUAUACUUUUCUUGCUUUAGUUUGCUUUCUUUGAAUUUUCUACAACACCACACACCACUUUUAUAAACUUUAUUAUUAAAUUUACUUUAUUGUCAUAAUAAAGUCUAUUAUUAUGAACUUUA